GCACGAGGAUUUCGUCCAGUUUGAAUGAGAGUCCCGCCGAGUGUUGAGAGUGAUCUCGGUUUUCAGAGUUGUCCCGAGUGUGGACCAAGUUCGUUUUAGUCGCAUAUACUUAAGUGGUGGCCAAGUGAGAGAUUCCUGUGGUGCCAUUACCAGUCUGCUUCUCAAGGAUGUGCGAUCCUGACCAAGGCAGAACUUUGGACAGAGAGAGAUACAGAUAGUUGUGUACUUUGACAUCGGACUUUCGGGAAGUGAUGGGAGAUAAUCUCUGAACAAACACAAGACACAAGAAGUGUUGAUCUCCAAGCACUUGACGAAAAUGUGCUAGUGUAUUCCUUGCUCUGCGUACUUCAUCAGAGGAUUGGAAAUCAGUACCUUCUCGCUGUCUGUAUUCAAGGGAUGUUGCAGUCACUCAAGGCAUUCAAGCUUCUAAAGAAGAUAGAUUAGGGUGUAAGUCAAGUUGAAAACCCCGGAAAAAGAGGGCAGGAGCCGUCCGCCAUCGCCUCAAGACACAUCCGUUGUUGUUCCCCAAACCAUGCGGUCCGUCUCAGGGGCCAGAAAAUAUUCAGAUAGCCUGCACAACAAUGCCGGCCUCAAUGGAUAUGGUUCAUCGUCGGAAGAUGAUGAGCAGACAAGGUUAAAGAAGCCAGUGAGCACAUCAUCCUGGGGCAGCGACUCCAUUCCGGUGCCUCCCACUACGGGCAAGAAACAGCGCAAUCGUCGACAAAUGCCCGAAGAUAUGGGCAAUCACGGCCCUGAAAGUCCCAAUGGGAGCGAGAACACUUAUGCCGAAGCCAAUCUUCUCCCUGGAUCAAAUGCUAUGAGACCCUAUGAGCAAGAUUAUGACAGCGAGAUUUACGCGAACGGUGAUCCUCUCUCGAUCGGCUCAUCCUCUAAUGAAGGCCGCUAUCAGCAUUUGCCACCUCAAGGCCAUCGAUCACCUCCUCUAUUUCCAGGUCACGGACAACAGAGAUACGCUGCACUCUCCUCCACAGUCGGGGUCCGACCCCACUUGCAUCAGGUUGACAACAAAAGUCCCUUCUUGAGCUCGAGCUCUAGUUCGACCACUCGCACGAACGGGCGCAGUAGUGGAUCAAGUGGCUCAAGUCGCCGUGGAUGCGGUCCUACGGAUAAUACCACGGGUCGUCGAGGUCACAUAAUCCUAACUGACCAAGGUUGGGGACAAUCUCCUUAUGGCGUCUCGGGAACUAUGCUGGAAACCAGAUUGGAUCGCGACGGUUCGGAGGUGGCCAAUAUGGAUUACCUGAAAUACAGCACCCAACCACAUCACAACAACUCUACAGCCAUGGCCAAGAUCAGACAAAACCACAAAGGCACUCUGCUAAUUCCUCAACAUAGACGAAGUCUAAGCGACGACUCUAUGGACAAACCCUUAGACUCUUCCAAUCAAGGCAUGGUGGAUCCCGUGGUCAUGCCUGGAUUUCCCGUCAGAACCCUCCAAGGGCAUCCACCACCCCCGUAUUCCCCUUCUCGUGAGAAAUUUCUCCUGGGAAAACGUUGCCGUUUCCAUUGUAGUUGGAAGAUGGUUGCUCUGGCCCUCACUGUACUCACCUUAAUCCUCUCUUCUGUGAUCGCCUAUUUUGGAGCUGUGACAUUCCCAAGCAGUCCCACCGCCGCAGUUCAGCAGCCUCUUAUGCCACCGGCCUCGGAAAUUGCAACUUCGGAUUGUCUUCCUCUCGGGGCAUCAUCAUCGUCAUCAUCAUCCCCGCCUUCACCUCCAGGAACUAAAAAUGGAGAGUCUCCAAAUCCAGAUCCCAAAAUCUCGCUUCCACCAGCACGCUCCCCAGCCAAAGCACCUGCCAUUGUUCACGAUCUCGUGCCCGGACAAUGGUAUACUUCCAGGAUCGAGCCCAUGUCCUUCUGGCGUUCCCGUCUCACCGUGCCCAAGUCCAACGCGUUCUAUCAAAUGAAUCUGACCUUUGUGGGUCACAGUGGAGGUGGAGCUGUUUCUCAGCUGGCCGGAACAACCAAUGUAGCCGUGUACGGCCGACGAGGCCGUCUGCCCAGUGUGACCACCUAUGACUGGGCCCAUGUGGUCACGGAGAAUGGCGAACAGAGGAAAGUUGCCAAGAGAUCCCUCGGCUCAACGGCCUCGUUCUCGGGUGGCGUGGUCUCCAUUGAAAAGAGUUUAACUCGAGGCGAUUGGUUCUUUGCCGUCCUGAAUGAUAAUGAAGUCGAGGCCCGAACGUUACGAGCUGUGAUCGCGCCUCGCCCUCCCAAAUGGACUUUAGACACGAGCGAGAAUGCCAUCCCGGGAUUGAGUUCAUCCGGCUCUGCAUGUCCAAAUGGAUGCAGUGGCAAGGGGAAAUGCUUACCCAAUGGGGUGUGCCAAUGCCCUGCCCAAUUCAGCGGAAAAGAUUGCUCGAUCAGUGUGUGUCCGGUUCUUUGCAAUGGUCACGGUUACUACGGUGGAGGCAAAUGCCAUUGCGAGGACGAUUGGAAGGGCCCAGAAUGUGAGAUCCACGCCGAGGAAUGCCUUGUUCCCGAUUGUAACGGACAUGGAAAUUGCCUCGAAGGUGUCUGUCUGUGUGAUCUGGGAUGGACUGGGCAAUCAUGUGACGAACGUCAUUGUCUGGAUCCAAGUUGUUCGGAUCAUGGGGUGUGCCAGAAUGCUCAUUGUCAUUGUGAUCUGGGUUGGAUGGGCAAGAACUGUGAGUUCAAAAAUAAGGCCCUGGAACAAUGCCUCCCUGAUUGCUCUGGCCAUGGACAGUUUGAUCAGGAACUGGGUCGUUGCGAUUGCCACAAUCAUUGGAGUGGUCGCGACUGCAACAUCACUGUCUGCAACAAAGAUUGCGGUGCCAAAGGGCGAUGCGAAGUGGAUCGUUGCGUAUGCCUUCCGGGUUGGAGUGGGAGCACGUGUCAGAUUCGAACCUGUGACGUGAGGUGCCAAGCCCACGGAACUUGUGAGAAUGGAACUUGCGUUUGCCAUCCCGGUUGGAAUGGUCGGCAUUGCACUAUCGAAGCUUGUGGUGUCCGAGGCGAUUGCUCUUCUCAUGGCCAAUGUCUGCAAGACCCAUCCGCCCAGGACUACAAAUGUCUUUGCGGGGAUGGUUGGGCCGGCGAUUUCUGCCAAUUCGCCGAGGAGCAGCAAUGUGAGGAUGGGAUCGACAAUGAUGCUAAUGGACUGACGGAUUGUGCGGACAGUAAAUGCUGCUCUCACCCAUCCUGUGUGAGUAGUGUGAUGUGUGUAUAUCUGGCCGAUCCUGUGGAAGUGCUCUUGAGGAAGCCCCCACCCUCCGUCUCCGCCUCCUUCUUUCAAAAGGUCCAAUUUCUAUUCGAAGGCGACGAAAGCGUUCAAAGCUACGUGAAAAGAGGCACAUUCCAUGAGAAACGCGUUUCGAUAAUCCGUGGUCAGGUGGUCACCGCCAAUGGCCAAGGGAUCAUUGGCGUGCGUGUGAGUGUCAAAGGAUCCCGGGAUGCCAAUCACUACGGGUUCACUCUCACCCGGCCAGGUGGAUGGUUCGAUAUGGCCGUGAACGGUGGUGGAGCAGUGACCCUUCAGUUCCAGAGGUCGCCACUGAACGCAGCAACACGAUCCACGCAUCUCCCGUGGAACGAGAUCACCGUCCUUAAUCCCAUUGUCAUGACUGCGUCGUCCAAUGGAGAGACUGGCCAUGACCUCAACCUCGAUGAUGUGCCAGCCAAGAUCCAUUACACGAAGCCUUGUCCGGACCACGAUUAUCAGACGCUCAAGCCAUUGGUGCUUAGUUCGUAUAUCCCCAACCUUUCGGUUGGCGGUCGGGCCGUCGAGACCCAAGCUGGGACACGAAUGCUGGCCGAGACGAGAAGCCUGGAGGAACGCAUCCAAAUCCCGGGAUCCAGGGUCCAUUUAGUCUACAGAUCCUCGUCGGCGCCUGGAGCCCACGCCACAUUGGAUAUCCAGCUGACUCCAGAGCAGAUCCCCGAAAGUCUCAUUAGGGUGUUCUUGGUUAUCCGCAUCAGUGGUCGCGUGUUUCGUCAGACCUUCGAGGCGGACCCUGAUCUGACCUUCACUUAUGCUUGGGACAAACGCAACGUCUACAACCAAAAGGUCUAUGGUGUGGUGGGGGCCAAAGUGUCGGUGGGCUAUUUCUACCAGAAGUGCCAGUACCCGAUUUGGACCAGCCAAACCACUCGUUUACGCGGCUUUGACGUAGAUAUCUCGGAUAUCGCUAAAGGCUGGAACUUGGACACCCACCAUCAUUACAACUCGGAACAGGGUUUGUUCCAAAAGGGUGAUGGCCACUGGAUUGAGUUCAAAUCGUUUCCAAGAGUCGUUUCCACGACUAUGGGAACAGGCUUGAAGAGAACGGCCGUGAAUUGCGGAAGUGACUGUGAUGGGUUGGCCAAAAAGCUUGAUUUAUUGAACAUUGUGAGCAUGACAACGAGUCCUGACGGAUCGAUUUACGUGGGGGAUUUCAACCUGAUCCGGAAGAUCGGCACGGACGGAACGGUCCAAACCAUUCUUCAAUUUGGGGCAAGUCAAGGCUCCUAUCAUUACGACUUGAAGAUAUCCCCAUUGGAUGGUCGACUUUACAUCACGCAUGCUGAGCGGCGGCAAAUUCUCCGAAUCCUGGAUGAAUCAGACUCGUCCGUGGAUAAUUUGGAGGUAGUCGUGGGCAAUGGCUUGAGAUGCAUCCCAGGAGAUGAAGACGAUUGUGGAGACAAUGGACCAGCCUUAAAUGCUCGUCUGAACUAUCCCAAGGGGGUAGCCAUCGCCAUGGACGGUACGAUGUACAUAAGUGAUAGUCGGAACAUCCGGGUGGUCAUGCCCAAUGGCAAUAUCAACACCCUGAUUGGCCAUAACGGUCCUCAAUCGGGGCCUCCGCGCCCUUUAGCGUGUAGACUGGCAUUCUUGGUGCAAGACGUCCAACUACAAUGGCCAACCAAGCUUGAACUGAAUCCCCUCGACAACAGUCUACACAUCGUGGAUGAUACCAUGGUGCUCAGACUGACAACAGAUAUGCGCGUCGAAGUGAUUGUUGGACUAUCCCCUUCUUGCAACAACGAUCUCAACCAAACAAAGGUAGACCCCGACAGCGCCUUGGCCUUGUCCGUGCCAGCUAAUCGCAGAAUCUUUGGACCUCUGAUUGAUUUGGCGUUUGGACCCAGUGGCCAACUCUUUUUGGCAGAGAAGCAACCCAAUCCUCAACGAAAUGUGAUCCACAUCAUCGAUUUCCACGGACAAGUGCGGGCCUUUGCCGGCCAAUCCAGCCCUCCGGCCUCGGAGGCGAAGAAUGUGAGCAAUUCUCAGGACAUCACCUUGACGUCGGUGUUGGCUGAUCAGAUCUCGUUCAACCAAUUGUCGGUCAUCGCUCUCAGUCCAGACAAUACUCUUCACGUGGCAGACAAUGGGGCGUCAAAGAUCUACAGUCUGAAGGAAUCCCAGCCGUUGGUAAAUGCCACCAGUGGCAACGUUCUCAUCUCGGAUCCGAUCGCCCGAGAGAUCUACACGUUCAAUCGCUACGGUCAGCAUGUGUCCACCCAUAGUCUGGAAACGGGCGCCAAGCUUCUGUCCUUCAUCUACUCCAAGAACACGGCCUUUGGUCGUCUGACUGUCAUGCUGGAUGCGUUGGGCAACAAAAUAUCUCUGCAAAGGGAUUACACUAACCGUGUCCAGUCCAUUGAGAACACUCACGGUCAGAAACAUGCGUUGCGACUUUCACGAAUGGGGUAUCUCGAGGUCUUCAACCAGGACGAAAGAAACGCCAUUUCUCUAAGUUAUGAGGAGAAUUCUGGCCUUGUCGUGAGCAAGACCCACACGAAUGGCGAUUUCUUCGUUUACGAGUUCGACUCGUCCGGCCGCCUGAGCCGCGUGGUUCUGCCUUCUGGCGAGAGCUUCCAAAUGACCUCGAGAAUUUGCCCACAAGCAACAACUUCAAGUCUUGCAGCCUCAUGCGUGGAGAUUCAGCGGAAUCACCGGACACAGAUGCGAAUUGCAACCCAUCAGUCAGGAAUGGUGCAAAUUCUGAAUCCUAAUGAAGAUCCGUUCCCGGCGUUCAGUCACGAGGACGACCAAGAGGCCGCCUCUACUCCUACUUGUCAGCCGUUGUCCAUCUUCAAUCUGCCCCAUUUCACCUCGGAAAUGACCUCGUCCACCUGCCUUGGUCAACAACCAAUUCGACUAAGUCUCGGGCCGAGCUCUCCCGACAUUGGACCACCCACCCUCUUACAAAGCGACCCUUUUCUCCACGAUUUACAACAGAGAUCGGCCCUCCAACAGAAUCUGGUCUUGUUCGACUCCAAAUAUCCUCAUUGGAAUCCAUUGAGACUCAAUUGGAAGUUCAAUCAACGGGAAUCUGGAUCGCCGACCAACCGGCUGACCACUUGGUACAGUCUCGAGCAUGGGAAAUCGAUGGAAGAUAUUUCCAAGGCAUUAAUGAUUGACGGACAUGAGCAAAUUCUUGGUGUCCACUACGAACCAAAAACUCAAGAGGUGACCUUCCUGAAUGGCCAUGGUCAAGUGCUCAUGACAGUUGAGUACAUCAACGGAAUCUUACCCAAAGGCUGGAGUGAUCAACAAGGACACAACUGUACUUGGAACUACGACAGGAUCCAUCGUCCAUCUCAACUGAAUUGCGAUGGUCGCCAAAUCGAAUCCAAAGCCUACGAUCAACGCAACGGUCGGAUCAGCCAAAGCCAAACUUGCCAACAGAGAGCAGCCAAAAAGUUCAACUAUGGAACCAAUGCCAACAUGCCCCGAGAUGUCAUUCUCCCCUCGGGUCGAAUUUUUAGUUACGAGUACGAUCAGAUGGGUGGCUUGUCUAGGAUCACACUCCCUACUGUGGCUCCCCAAGGUCAAUCGGACACAUCACCUCCAGUGGAGUCCCCUAGUCAUUCAUUCGCCCUCCAGUUUGGGUUUGGCCAUGUGAAGCUUUAUCAUCAGCCUCCCGGAUCGAUGGAACCCUUGGUUGUGUACUGGCAUGAGUCAGAUGGGAAAAUAAUGAAGAUUCGCCCUCCGGGCAAUAAUGGACUGAGGCUAUUCCAGUACAGUCCGGACGGUCGUCUGAGAGCCGUGAUAUCAGGCCAGGAACAGACCACUUUCGAGUAUGGCCCCAAGGCAUAUGCCAGCAAGAUUGAACACAGAGUCGAUGAUGGAGAUUUUUCCAUGUCGGAGACGGAACUGGAAGAGAUUCGAGUGAAGGAAUUGGAGAUGGGACAACGCCAUCAACAACAGAGAGUUGUACUUCAGGAGAAAAGGAUUGUGUUUGGGGCGGAGACGGCGUUGGCCGGCGGGAAAUUUGAAUAUGAAUACGGUCUCAACUGGAACGAACCGAUCAUUCAAGGACGGAUUGGGGCUCAGGCGUUGCCAGAAAUGUUCGUUUGGCACAUUUGGGGUUUGAGUGCCAAGCACUCGCGUCGCCAAAUCGGACAAUUCUUCUUACAAAUGCACCAUUUAAAUGAGACCUCUAUCACCGAUGCCGUGGCCUCAUUCCGGCGAACCUCGACCUCGGAAAGCCUCGUUGUUAAUGGGAAGCAGGUCUACAGUGCCGACCUAACCUUUGAUCUGUGCCAUCCAGCUAAACUGGCGUCAGCAUCGAUUAGACUACAAAGAGAAACUGGAGAGUUUAACCGCAUUCUCGGAUUUGCUUACGACGACGAUGGCCAACUCUUCAAAGUGAGUGAUGCCAAUGGAUUCCGAGAUGAUUGGGAGUGGCAAUAUGUGUAUGACCCACAAGGCAAUCUUGAAUCCAUCUCGGCCUCAACUUCCUCCAGUAUGGUGAAGCAUUCGCUAUUUUACGAUGACUUUAACAGAAUAGCCCGCUUGGAUGGAUCUUUCUACCGAUACGACGAUGUUGGACGCAUCGCUACCAAUCAGAAUGGCCACGCUCUCCUUUUCAACGCAAGGAAUCUCCUGAUCAAAGCCGAGACCAUCAAAGGGGUCCAAGUAACCCUGAACUACGAUUACAAGGGACGGCUCGUCUCCCGAUCUGACAACCUGGGAAAUGUCACCCAAUAUUUCUAUGCCCAUCGAGAGAAGGAUCACCUCAUCACCCACGCCUACCGCCCACGCGAAGGCGUUCUCAGUUCAUUGUUGUACGACAAUCAAGAUCGUUUGAUUUUUGCUCAAGUGGGUCAGAAGAGCCUCUACAUCGUAUCGGACUGGAACGGAUCCCCUUUCCUGUACGUGUCUCCGACUGGUCAGAUUGUUAGGGAAAUAAGAAGAUCUCCCUAUGGACAGAUCAUCUCUGAAACGACCUCGGGUUGGGAUGAAGAUCCCGACCAGGACCAUAUUUAUUCAGCACUCCUCCCACUUGGGUUCCGCGGAGGUCUCGUUGAUCCUGAAUUAGGCUUGGUCCAUAUGCAGGAUCCUAGUGGGAGUCGCCCUUACGAUCCAGAAACUGGGACAUUUUUGACUCCGAUGGCGUGGAACGAGAUUCUGAACCGACAGAGCAUCUUCGAUCCAACCCACUGGCAAAGCCUCUAUCGAUAUCCAGGCAAUGAUCCGAUUAAUUCAAGAUCGAAUUCCAUCCGCACAGAUCCAAAAGAGGCUCUAAAUUUCAUACGAAGCCAUCUCCAUAAUGCAUUUCCUACUCUGGAUGAAGACAACAUCAACCGGCUAAUCCACAGCAAGGCCAGCGAAAAGCCCAUUCAGAGUUCCCAACCGUUCCAACAUUUAUCGUGGCCUACUUUUUCAGUGGCCGUUGGAGCCGAACAACAAUUUCGAACUGUCCACGCCUCAUUUCAUCGCCUCUGGGCUGUCCGUCCUUCACCAUUGAUCUCUCAGCCCGAAAUGGAAGACCUGGACUUGAAGAUUACUCGGGAAGGAUCCGCCCUGGGCAAAUUUGUGGUAUUGAGUCGAGAGGGGCGGGAUCGGGUUCGGAUCAAUAUGUGCCCGAAGAAGGCCAAUGAGGUGACUGCGGAUGUGUUCGCCACGGUGCUGAAUGACGCUACGCUCGUGGAUUUCACCAUGGUAUCGCAUGCGGGCGAGGAUUCCUAUUUUUUCGUCAAGAACCCAAUUUGGAAGUCCUCGGAGGAUAUCGUGCAACUUCGUCGAUUGGGACCCAAAGAGGUCAAUCUGACGAUGCACGAGUCUCAAACGGACAAUUCCAAGAUCCUGGAUGUCAAGGUCCAUUUGAGCAAAACCGUGAUCAACGUUCGGUAUGGAACCUUGGCCGAGGUCGAGAAGAUGCGGCUCUUGAGACAUUCUUUGAAAACCAUGACCCGAAGAGCCUGGAUCCAUGAGCGGGACUCGUUGUCCAAACAAAGUUCCAAUUUCCCUCCUUUUGUCUCCGGUCAUAAACCUUGGAGUGAUCGCGAGCGAAGUCAGAUUUUAAACAAAGGAUUCGCCGAAGGCUACGAUGUGGCCUAUAAGCGAGAUGUCCGACAAUAUCCCGAGCUUGCCAAUGACCUCGAAAAUGUUCAAUUUGUCCGGAAGGCAUGAGGGAAAACAUCUUCAGAGAGUCAUUCACCGAGUGCAUGAGUGUGUGGGUGUAUCUGUGAUGAUCAAACAGGCCCCCAAAACAGGACUCCAAAGAAAGAAUGCUGUUCCUCUCACAACAAAAGGACCUUGAAUUCCUCCCAGAUGAGUUGGAACAAGAAGAAGGAAAAAAGUGGAAAACAGGCGGCACACGAUCAAAAUAUGUGGUGGAACUCGUGUUCAAAAAAGACUAGACAAAGAUGAUCUGUCUCCUCCUCCUCCUCCUCCUCCCACUAUUCCACUUUCAACAGGCUGUGAUAAGUAUAUUCAUUUGGAUACCAAGGAGAACUCUCAGAAACCCCAGAAAUGAGCAAUUCGGUGCGUGUUCAAAUGGGAUAAGAUCGUUCACACUCAUCAUGUUCUAAAUGGCUCUUGGAACAUUUAAAUACUUCUGUGAUACAACCCCUGAUUUUCAUGUCUUUGAUCAAAUCUUGCUUUUCUCUUGAUGUCUCAUUUCAAACGCGAUUCCACCCUUUUUUCUACCUAAAUGUUGGAACAAGCCAUACUUUAGCUCUGUUGGAAUGAAUUAGAAGUCAAAGACCAUCAUUCAUUACCCCAAAAUGAUUUCUAAACUAAACCAAAUUUCUCGAAAACGUCCUCCCACCUAUUAUCAUAACUCUAUCGCAUUAAUAAUGUCAUAACCCUUUUGUCGAGGUUUUUCAUCUGUCAUGUGAAGAAUGAUUGAUCCAUGUCAGUUGAAAACAGGCCAUCAUAAAUAAACCUGUUAGUCACUAUUGAUUUA